AUGCACAUCGCCCUUGAUUUCGUGUUCCUGCCCAUGUCCGUAUUUCUGGUCGUUCGAUCGCGUUUUCAGGGGGGAAGACCACCGGAGACGAUGAGGACAAGAGGAGCAGCAGCCCGAGAGGUAGGGGGGGGCGGCAGCGGCGGUAGAGAAAACCCUACGUUCGACUUCAGCGACGGCUCCGGCCCCAACCGUGAGGACGGUAGUGACAGUUCCGUCUGGGUGGUUCCAUCUGUUUGGACCGUCCCGGGCGACAACACCCGCGAGUACUCGAAACGCUACAAUCCCGGAAGGGGCGGCUGCGGUCCCUAUGCAGUGGGCCAGUUGGCCAGCUCGGAGACACCCUCCUCCGAAGAGCUAGCCGGAUACCGCCUGGGGGGUGUUCAAUACGUUCUCGACAACCCGGCUACGUUCGGCGACGACUUUUGGGAGGGCGAUACUCCUGAGGAGCGGGCGAGGAGCCGCCAGGACUGGGCAAGGAGGAUGCUGCGGCCGAGAGAGUGGGCGGACUAUCCGCUCAUGCUGGGCAUGAUCGCGCAGUACUGCAGUGACGCCAUCAUCGUGGAGCCCAAGUUUCCAGGCGACAAGUCGAACCGGGAGCUGAAGGCUUACGGCGAGGACGUGCUGGAACCCAGCAAGCCCAUGAUCAUGAUCAGAUGCGCGCACUUCGUCGUCUUCGACGAGGUUCGUCGUGGCGGGGACGGCGGCAACGGUGACGGAGAUGGCCGUGAACCCAGCAGCAGCAGCGGCGGCAACAGCCACAGCGGCAGCAGCGGCGGCGGCGGCGCAAACAGCGGUGGCAGCGGCAGAAGCAGCAGCAGCAGCAGCAGCAGCAGCGGCAGCAGCAGCAGCAACAGCGGCAGCGGCAGCAGCAGCGGCGGCGACUUGUCACCGGCCCAAGCGGCUGCCCUCGCUGCUUUCGAACGCAACCCAAAAUGGUUUUUGCGCAUAGAGGACCGGGACGUUACUACGGUGGAGAGAGAGCAAGUCGAGGAUCUCCUGAGAAACCCGCGCCGCUUGACGACUCUCGAGAACGGCGCCCUACGGAUCCCCCGUGUUUCCCGGGGUUGCAAGGAGCCGAAAGACCUCGACUGCCAUCAACUCCGGAACCUCGCCUGUUCAGCCAUUCUCCCCGAGAAUGGCCUGCACGCCACGUACGACAGCUUCGGGGGAGACUUGGGAAGAAUGAGAGUAGAGUUCGACAAUGCAGCAGAUGGGGGUCUUGCCUCUUUCAUGGAUUUCCUGCGAGCGUGCUCGAAAGUCACCCGGCCUUCGCUGAUCCGGCUAGCUGGGACGAGCCGGUGUCAUGCACGCAAGACUACCGUGACCGGCAAGGUCGCCAGAGCAUGUGAUGCCGUCUCUCCCUUCGUCGGCGGUCCCGUCGCAAAGAUGAACCGAACGCUCGCCUCGUGCGUCAAGAUCGUCACCGACCGCGACGGCUCUUCAAUCCCGCACUGCCCUCCGGUGGGGCUCCUGCGUAGGGAGCUGCAGCACACCGCGAAGGGCGGCGACCACGCCGAGACAGGACGAGCGAAGAACACAGCUCAAGAGCUGGUGGAGGUGGGGGGUAGGCGGGCGUGGGUCUACUACGGCAACCACCAGUGCCGCGCACUAGGAGCGGAGGAGGCCCUGGAGAGCAGCGUCAGGGGAGCCCUGGAGCUACACCGGGCCUGCACGGACGGAGAGUCCGUCGAGGAGGAGGACGUCUCCAACGGUAUGGCGGAUCUCGUUGGCCGUGUCCUAGACUACCACUUCGAGGCACAGGGGGGGCGCGAAACCGAAAAUGACCGAAGGCGGUACGCUGAGCUUAUCGAGGCGACUGCUCAGGGCCAUGCCCAGGUCCGUGAAAAGGCGGUGAAGGUCGCCGUCGAGAUCAGGGGAAAGGCGACGAAGAGAGAGACGAUUGCGCUGCCGGAGAUCUCGGAUGGCCACUGCGAUAGCAUCGCUUUGGGUCGGCGCCAAAUCGAUUGCGUUACCUCGCCAACGCCGCCGGCGCUGGAGGGCAGCGCCAACCAUGCGGAGGGUGCGCUGCUGGGAGGGGGGCGCGGCAGGUCCAAGGGCACCCGGAAAGGGAAGGCCCAAGGAGGGACCGAGUCCAUCAAAAAGCAACGGCGGAACCCGCAGAAGUUCGUGGAAGACCGCUCGACCGCGGGCGCCAACGGAGACCGCGAGAAGAAGGUGGUGGCGGGCGGACAGACCAGCGGGAACCGACGCGGCUCCGAGGUGCCAUUCGCCUCCCGUCUGCAACCCGUCCCUGGCGUGGCUCUGUUUUGCGACGGCUGCGGGAAGGACUGGUGCCAUUUCCCCCGGAGCCGCGGCGUCGCGCGAGGGUGCGUCGACGAGGAGAAGGCGGUGGUGACGGUGAUGCAGGAGAGGCACUGGAAGUGCAAGAAACGGUGCAAGCCCGCCGAGGGUGCCGCGGUUCGGAUCGGAGGUGUGGAGUACACCGUGAAGUCGACCCAGAACGGGCAAUUCCGGGCGCAGAGUGUGUGA